AUGUUUGGAUAUGGUCACCAAAUUUCAGCCAAGUCAAAUGGUCACCAAAUUCCAGCCAAGUCAAAUGGUCACCAAAUUUCAGCCAAGUCAAGUGGUCUCAAUUCCAACCAACUCGAGUGGUCCAAAUUCCAGCUAAGUCAAGUGGGACUCAACUCCACAAGGUCUAGCCAACCAAUUGAUCCAGAAAGUUUAGUUUCUCUCACCACUCACUUGCAUGAUCUAGAAAUAGCAGGUCAAGAAGUUGAUGCUCUUCUUCCCAUAUCUUCAAAGCUCAAGUUUUUCACUUGGGGUAUAGCUAUUGAAAUGGACUCGUUGAAUUCCAAAGUCAACCAACAUCGGUGGAUUGUUUCCAACCAAGACUAA